UAUUCCUUGCGUCGCUCCGUUUUCUCAGUGUCGACGAAGAAUCGCCAACCGAAUUGGACUGAGCCGAUUCUUCUCCUCCUCUUUCCACUUCCCUUAUUUCACCACGGCAUCCGCACCUCGUCGCCUCCUUGGAGUUUCUUCAAGAUUUGUUCUCAAACCUCCUGCAACGGGAAGUGGCAAUCGACACCAAAGAUCGAAGCUUUUCUCUGGCUAGAAGAUAUUUCCAUUGCAAUUGCAGCAGUAGAACGAGCAAGACAGAUUCAUAUUGUUAGUUCUCUAUUAGAGGGGCUUGUACCAGAGUAGACUUGUGCUGGAUCAUACAAUUUUAUUUGGGUUCUCAAACCUUUUAAUAUCAGGUACAAUGGAUCACCUCGAUGGCCAGGCCCAUCUCAUGAUUGUCUCUGAUCUAGAUUGUACAAUGGUUGAUCAUGAUGAUCCAGAGGAUCUCUCACUGCUUAGGUUCAAUGCACUAUGGGAAUCAGAAUAUCGUCACAAUUCUUUGUUGAUUUUCUCAACUGGGAGAUCACCUGCUACUUACCAGAAGCUCAAAACCAAGAAACCGUUGUUAACUCCAGAUGUAACUAUUCUAUCUGUGGGCACAGAGAUAUUUUAUGGUGAAUCCAUGGUGCCUGAUGAUGCUUGGGAGCAUUACUUGAACCAUAAAUGGAACCGCGAUAUUGUCAUGGAGGAAACAACUAAAUUCCCUCAACUUAUCUCUCAGCAAGCAGAAGAUCAGAGACCACACAAAGUGAGCUACUUUGUACGAAAUGAUCAUGCGGAGGAAGUGGUGAAGUGCCUUUCUGAAAGGUUGGCAAAUCGUGGGCUAGAAACUAAAGUUAUCUAUAGUGGCGGCAAAUGCAUUGACGUAUUACCCUUGGGUGCUGGGAAAGGGGAAGCUCUUCAAUAUUUGCAUGACGAGUUGAAGAAAAACGGAAAGCUACCGAUCGAUACGCUUGUUUGUGGUGACUCUGGAAAUGAUACCGACUUAUUCACCGUUCCAGAAGUCCAUGGCGUGGUGGUCAGCAAUGCCCAUGAUGAACUACUGCAGUGGUACGCACAUAACUCUAAAGAUUACCCCAAGAUCAUCCACGCAAGCGAAAGGUGUGCGUCAGGUAUUAUUCAGGCUAUAGGGCAUUUUGGACUGGGUCCUAAGACAUCUCCAAGGGAUGUCAUGGACUUGUCUCGUUGGAAGACCGAGAGCUUCCACCCUUCGCAAGUGGUUGUCAAAUUCUACUUGAUUUAUGAACGAUGGCGUCGAGCUGAAGUAGAAAACUCUGAUUUGACUAUACAAUAUAUGAGGAGUAUCAGCCAUCCAAACGGAAUCAUUGUUCUUCCUUCUGGUGUUCAGUGCUCACUUAGAGAGCGAAUAGAUGCAGUCAUUUCUUGUUAUGGCGAUAAGAGAGGAAAGCGUUUCAGAGUGUGGUUAGAUAGAGUUUCUUUUUCUCAGAUCAGCUCAGAUGCCUGGCUAGUGAAAUUCGAUAAAUGGGAGCUAUCAGACGCAGGGCGACAGUGUUGCUUGACGACGAUUCUUCUUAAUCUGAAGGAUGAGGCUGAGGCUGAGACUUCACCGGGACCGUCUUUGGUUCAUGUACAUCAGACGUGGAUGGAUGGGUAUGCCGCAAGCGAUCAAACAGCCUGGUUCUUCUAAGCCUCCGUUCGAUUGUUCUCAGAAAACAUUCUGUCUUUUUUUUUUUUUUUUUUGCUGAAGAAAUUGUUCGUAUAAAGAAGCUUUACUUACAAAAAGUCA